GAAAAAGCAUAGGCCGCGAUGCACACAAAUAAUCCUCCUCAUACAUCGGCAUUUCUUUCUUUAUUCCGUCCAAUCUCUCUCUCUCUCAGGGUGUCCGUCUUCGCUGUGUAACAGCAGGAAGAGGAAGACGACGACGACGAAGAGAAGAAGAAGAAAAAGAAGCAAAAGAUGUUCAAAUUCUUGAAAGGAGUGGUGGGCGGAUCGGGGACCGGUCCCAAAGAUCUGCCUUACAACAUCGGUGAGCCUUACUCCUCUGCUUGGGGCUCUUGGACUCAUUGCCGUGGUACCUCCAAGGACGAUGGAUCCGCUGUAUCUAUAUUUUCUCUUUCUGGAAGUAAUGCCCAAGAUGGACAUUUAGCUGCUGGUCGUAAUGGUGUAAAGCGCCUCAGAACUGUCAGACAUCCAAAUAUUUUAUCAUUCCUUCAUAGUACGGAGACUGAAACUUUUGAUGGUAAUACGACAAAGGUUACUAUCUAUAUUGUCACGGAGCCUGUUGUUCCACUAUCAGAAAAGAUCAAGGAACUAAAUUUGGAAGGUACACAAAGGGAUGAAUAUUAUGCGUGGGGAUUAAACCAGAUAGCUAAAGCUGUGAGCUUCUUAAAUAAUGAUUGUAAACUCAUUCAUGGUAAUGUUUGCUUAGCCAGUGUUGUUGUAACUCAAACUUUGGACUGGAAGCUGCAUGCUUUUGAUGUUCUAUCUGAGUUUGAUGGGAACAAUGAAGCUUCUGCUGGGCCACUUCUGCAAUAUGCAUGGCUUGUUGGAUCACAAUACAAACCGAUGGAGUUGGUAAAAUCAGACUGGGCUGCAAUCAGAAAAUCUCCUCCAUGGUCCAUCGAUUCUUGGGGAUUGGGCUGUCUUAUCUACGAACUUUUCUCUGGUAUGAAGUUAAGCAAAACAGAGGAGCUGAGGAAUACUGGUUCCAUUCCAAAGUCUCUACUUCCAGAUUAUCAGCGGCUUUUGAGUUCCAUGCCUUCUCGUAGGUUGAAUACAUCAAAGCUUAUAGAAAAUAGUGAAUAUUUCCAAAAUAAGUUGGUGGAUACGAUACAUUUCAUGGAAAUUUUAAAUUUGAAAGAUAGUGUGGAGAAGGAUACCUUUUUCCGCAAGCUUCCAAAUUUAGCAGAGCAACUACCUCGCCCAAUUGUGCUGAAAAAGUUACUUCCAUUAUUAGCUUCCGCCCUUGAAUUUGGUUCAGCUGCUUCUCCUGCUUUGACUGCAUUGUUAAAAAUGGGGUCUUGGCUUUCAACAGAAGAAUUUAGUACGAAGGUGUUGCCUACAAUUGUGAAACUCUUUGCCUCCAACGAUCGGGCUAUAAGAGUUGGUCUGUUGCAACAUAUUGAUCAAUAUGGAGAAUCAUUGUCUGCACAAAUUGUUGAUGAGCAAGUGUAUCCCCAUGUUGCUACUGGAUUUUCUGAUACAUCUGCUUUUCUCCGGGAACUGACACUCAAAUCCAUGCUUAUUCUAGCUCCCAAGCUUUCCCAACGUACCAUUUCAGGGUCAUUGUUGAAACAUCUUUCCAAGUUACAGGUUGAUGAAGAACCAGCAAUUAGAACGAACACUACCAUUUUACUUGGGAAUAUUGCUAGCCACUUGAAUGAAGGGACUAGGAAAAGGGUUUUGAUUAAUGCAUUUACUGUCCGUGCAUUACGUGACACUUUUUCACCAGCCAGAAGCGCAGGCAUUAUGGCUUUAUGUGCUACCAGUUCUUAUUAUGAUGUCACUGAGAUUGCAACUCGGAUUCUCCCAAAUGUUGUUGUACUUACAAUUGAUCCUGACAGUGAUGUUCGAUCAAAGGCAUUUGAAGCAGUUGAUCAGUUUCUACAAAUAGCAAAACAGUACCAUGAGAAGACAAAUUCAGGGGAUGCCACAGGGGCUACAAGUAUUGGAAUCUCAUCAAUACCAGGAAAUGCUAGUCUAUUAGGGUGGGCUAUGAGCUCCCUUACUCUGAAGGGUAAACCUUCUGAGCAAGCUCCACUUGCUCCUGUGAACACUAGCGCGCCUCUAUCUUCUACAACUUCAAAUGCAAGCUCAGUUCUAGAUACCCCGACUACAGCACCUGCUCAUGUAAGUUCUAGGACAGAGUUAGCUGAUCAACCUGCUCCUGAGUCCCCUACAUCAACAGAUGGGUGGGGAGAAAUCGAAAAUGGAAUCCAUGAUGGGAAUGAAAGUGACAAAGAUGGAUGGGAUGAUAUUGAACCCCUUGAAGAGCCAAAGCCAUCAGCGGCACUUGCAAACAUUCAAGCAGCUCAAAAGCGGCCAGUCUCACUUCCUGUUUCACAGCCAAAACAAGCUACAAGUGUGAGACCGAAAAGUACAGCAAAGGCUAUCAAAGAUGAAGAUGAAGAUUUGUGGGGCUCCAUAGCUGCUCCUGCUCCAAAGACAUCAUCAAAAUCAUUGAACUUAAAGUCAAGUACUACAGUUGUUGAUGAUGAUGACCCAUGGGCUGCCAUUGCUGCUCCUGCACCCACUACAAAGGCAAAGCCAUUAUCGGCUGGUCGAGGUCGAGGAGCUAAACCUGCUGCUCCAAAGCUUGGGGCACAGAGGAUAAACCGGACGUCAUCUGGGAUGUGAAAAUUACAUGUAAACCUAAAAAACAAACAAGACAGCAGUUUAAGAUAUCAGUUUUAGAUUUUUUUUUUUUUUUUUUUUAAAUUUUUUUGGUGGCUGUCACCAUAGAAAUGUAUUUGACAAUCUUCAACAUAUUAUUUGAUUUUCUUUCUUCUUCUC